GUGAUGAACUUGGAGAGACGAUUUUCGCUUUUCGGCUUUUACCGGCUUGAGAAAUGAGCUAGACGGUCAUGCUGCAACUUCUCACGGCCCGUGAGUGCGGGCUGGGUCCACCUUGGUUCCUCCCGCGCUCGUACGGCAGUCAGCGCUUCUCUGAGCUGGAGUUGAGCAAGGAGAAGGAGCUGGGGCGGUUCCACAGCGCCGCUGUCAACUCCCUGGACCUCGACUGUGACGGCAGAUAUCUGAUAUCCGGUGGUGGAGACGUACCUGGUUCCAUUGCCAUACACGACACCGCCAGACCAGCAGGAGAGAAGGGUCUGUACGUAUGUGGCGUCACUGUCAGUACCUACGGAACGUAAGUGAUCCCCUUAUAGAUAGCAUCGGAACCCUACUCUAAUACAGACACCAAUGGAAAUGUCCAUAUUAGUAAGGGAUGUUAUUAAUACUGUAAUAAGCAAUAAAUGGUUCACAGGCAGAACCAUACAGACACGUCUCAUGCUGUCUCAGUCGUUCAGUGGUUUCCGCACGACACGGGCAUUUUUACCACCACCUCCGGCGACAGAUACCUGAAGAUCUGGGACACCAAUGAUCUCCUAGUUGUUGAGAAAUUCAAGUUCAAGAACCCCAUUUACACCCACGUCAUGUCGACUGGCACCUCACACACGCUGACUGCGGUGGGGGGAGGAGAGUGUAAGAUAACCCUUUGCGACUUGGUGUCUGGAGCCUCGUCUCACGUACUUGAGGGACACAGCAAACCUGUUAUGGCUCUGGCUUGGUCCACCGCCUGUGAGCAUGUUCUCGCCAGUGGCAGUCAGGAUAACAGUGUGGUACUGUGGGACAUCCGUAAGGCAAAUGGUCCACUGACGAAAUUAGACCAACACAAUGGAUCCAGGGCAUCCAGUGACCCAUCAGUGACGGUAGCUCACGGUGGAUCAGUGAACGGACUGUGUUUUUCUCCUGAUGGUCUUCAUCUGGUGUCGUUUGGUACUGACGAUAGACUGAGACUGUGGGACGCAGUUACUGGCAAGAACACACUGGUACAUCAGACCCCCAUCUCUUUCCUCCUCUCUUUUUCUAACAGUAAUCUUCUCUUCCUCAAUCAAAAGGUAAACUAUGGCCGUGUCUUCAACACUCUCCCAAAGCAGAACUGCCCGCUGGCCUUCUCCCCUCUCUCGUCCACCCUCCACCCCAUCAUCUGCAUCCCUGUGGGCGGGGAGGUCCUCAUGUUUCACCUCACGACUGGCAAAAAAGUCAAAUCCCUCUCGGGACACUUUGGGAAGGUGCACAGUCUCGCCGUACAUCCGGUGGAACAGGAGCUGUAUUCUGGUGGUACUGAUGCCAACAUUCUAUGCUGGAUGCCUCCUCCUCCAAGGAAGCCAUCACUGGAUCGCGCCAGAAGAUCAAAUGCCACUGGAGCUGUGUAUGAGGAUGCCUGGAGCAGCGACGAAGACAACGACGAUGAUGGAAGACACUAGAUUCAACGCCUUUUCUGUUCCGUUUUCAAUUACAUUCCAUCACCCGCUCUUCAUGUCUGUAUGUAUCACUCUGUGUGUCGACAUCAACUGCAGUUCUAUUUUAUGGCUGUUUUCACAAACAGAAGCAAUUUAUGUCAAAAUGCUAUAUUAUAAUGUAUAAUAAUACGGCUCAUGAUCCAUACUAUUGAGUUGUUCCAAAAAAACUUCAUAAAACUAUAGCUUUCGCAAGUAUCAGUAAAAACUCAGUAGAUUUAACGAACUGCAGUCCCAAUGCAAGAACGUUUGCUGGAGGUCAUUUCAUGUUGAUUGCUCUCUGGUAGAGUCUGGAGUAUAUCUUCUCCAUCGUCUCGUUGAACACCAGACGAUGGUGUUUCCCCUGAAACUGGGCCAUCUUCUGACUCCAAUAGUCCUCGCCUUCCUCCCCUCCAAGACCAACCAACACACUGGUCGUGGUUAGAGAAGAUUAGAGAAAUUCAUACAUACACGGCAUUGCGAAGUGAAUUUUUUUGCAGUUUGAGGCAGGCUACAAGUGUAGUGAACGUUACCACACCCCCUAUUGUCAUGCAUUACAUAACACACUGCACAUGUGCAAGAAAGCAGUCCAACAAGAACCUUAUACACAGAUUUUUGCAAGGUCGGGCGGUGGAGGAAAUAAGGUAUUGCAAAUCUGACGGGCAUUUUGGCAACAUAGUGAAACUGGCUCUUCGAA